AUGCGCACCGAUAAACCCCGCGACCCGGUUGCCGGCCCCGAUGCAGGCCCGGAAACUCCUUACCCCGUGCGAUUGUCAGGACCAGUGAUCAAGGGAUUUGGUCGCGGGAGCAAAGAUCUAGGAAUCCCCACCGCCAAUAUCCCGGCCGAUGACCUAUCAGAGAAACACCCGGAACUGACAACUGGAGUCUACUAUGGCGUUGUCGCACUCGACCCAAAGACGUACCAUCCUGAGACAUCCGAGGGUAACUCAUCUACAGCGGUGGUAUUGCCCGCUGUGCUGAGUAUUGGAUAUAACCCUUUCUAUAAGAACACCGUGCGAUCAGUGGAAAUCCACAUUUUGCCCGCUCUCACGGAACCAUCGCCCACUGCAGCGGGGCAAGAGGGCCAAACCAAGUUUAACCGUCUGCCUGACUUCUAUAAAACACAACUCAACCUGCUGAUUCUGGGUUAUAUUCGCCCCGAGUUUGAUUAUGUCUCGCUAGAGGCACUGAUUGAGGAUAUUCGGGUGGAUUGUGAAGUCGCGCGAGAGAGUCUGCUGCGCGAUGCUUAUAGGUGCUAUGUUGUUGACACCGGCAAGGCACCAGGGAAAGUUGGCGAGGAUCGUGCGUGGUUGCAGAGCUUUGAUUAG